AUGGAAUCUCCAAAGAAACUCAAAAUUGCAAGCUUAGGCAGCUCUUUCGCUGCUGGUCCUGACAUCCCCCCACAAAUCGAACCACGUGCCGCAUUGCGAUCAGGGCAGAACUACCCCCAUCUUCUGGCGCAGCACUUGAAUGCUGAUCUCACUGAUCUAUCCGUAUCUGGUGCAACGUUGCUCAACAUAACAGUCGAACCACAGGCUACGCCCUUCAACAUGACCUUCCCACCGCAAAUCACCGGCCUGCCCGAAGAUUCCAAUAUCAUCACCGUGACCGCUGGAGGAAACGAUAUAAACUACAUUGGCGGCAUGAUCGCCGAUGCUUGCGAUGCCGAGCUCCAAUCGUCCGUGUCACUAUCACCGAGCGAAUUGGCAGAACGGUUAGGGGGGAGUCCUCGAUGA